ACCACCUUUCGCGCAACCUUCCCCUGCAAGCUCCAAGCCUCUAGAAGACACCCAAGAUGCAGUCGCUACCAGAUGCGCGAUCGCAGUCCUUCGAGGAGCUCUAUGGCCCUCCGGAGAACUUUCUAGAAAUCGAGGUUCGCAACCCAAUGACACAUGGCGUCGGGCGUGGCAUGUACACGACCUACGAAAUCGUAAUGCGAACCAACAUCCCCGCGUUCAAGCUCAAGUCGUCGUCGGUACGCCGCCGGUACAAUGAAUUCGAGGCCUUUCGCGACAUACUAGAAAGAGAGUCGGCGCGUGUCACAAUACCACCGCUGCCGGGCAAGGUGCUCACGAAUCGCUUCUCCGACGAUGUGAUUGAGCAUCGGAGGGAGGGGCUACAGCGGUUCUUGCAGAUUGUGGUGGGGCAUCCGCUGUUGCAGACGGGCAGCAAGGUGCUCGCGGCGUUCGUACAGGAUCCGAACUGGGACAGGCACGCGUGGUAGGGGGGUUCACAACGACACGCGAACUGGCACCGGCCAACAUGAUUGCACGUCGCUACAAAAUCACAUCGGAUGGUUGAAAACGAGAGAAGGCGAGGGUUCCCUUUGGUUUGCGGCAUUUUCCUGCGUUAUGGAGCGAUAGGGCGUUCUUGUCGAUAAUGUCAUUCUGGGGAUUUGUACGUCCCCGCGGUUCACAGAUACGGAUGAUUGUUCAUAUUUUCAACAUAAUCACAGUGUUCAAAGGCUCUGUUGAGUGUUCGGACACGUCGACUCGACUCUGUGGACUUUAUGCCGUGGCGCGAAGAAUCCCAGCAAUUCAGCACACGCUCAGGAUCGCUUCCAUGCCACCAAAGAUAGACUGAUGCGAGAUGUACGCCACGUUACGUACAAGCCUUGUUAACGGCUUAACAACCGGCUUGAGCCCUUGUUGCUAAGUAUUGCUAAGAUUUGACAUCAUGCGCG